AUGGACUCCAGGAACAUGGCAAUAGGAAUAGUGUUCUCAAUUCAGAGUACACUUGGAAUUCUGGGAAAUGUAUUAUUUCUUUACUACUAUUUAGUCAUUUAUUACAAUGAGCACACAUUAAAGACUGUAGACUUAAUUCUUACACAUGUCUUCACAGCCAACUCCUUGAUCAUUCUCUCUACAGGAGUGCCCCAGAUAAUGAGAGCUUUAGGGUGGAAAAUGUUCCUCAACGAUGUUGUAUGUCAAUUUAUUUUAUAUGUUCUCAGACUUGGCAGGAGUAUGUCCAUCAGUACCACCUGCCUCUUGAGUGUUUUCCAGGCCAUCACCAUCAGCCCUAUUGACUCCUACUGUAAAGAUCUUAAAAUCAAAGUACCAAAAUAUGUUCGCCUCUCCAUUUCCCUCUUUUGGAUCCUGUACAUGGUAGCAAAUAUGGUUUUCCCUAUGUACAUGUCUACCAAAAGGAAUAGCAAAAAUAAGACACAAAAGAGAGAUUUUGAAUUUUGCCCCUCUCUAGGUCGUGACAAAAUAGUAGAAUCUCUGUACACAGCAUUUUGGGUGUUCCCUGAAGUCUUAUUUUCUAUACUUAUUGUAUGUUCUAGCAUAUCCAUGAUUGUCAUACUUUAUGGACAUAAGAAGAGGGUUCAACACAUCCUCAGCACUCAUGCCUCCCCCAGAACCUCUCCUGAAUCCAGAGCCGCUCAGACCAUCCUGGUCUUAGUUUGCACCUUUCUAGCUUUUUAUACCCUUUCCUCCAUUUUACAAGGUUACAUUGCUCAUUCCCACAAUCCCAACUGGUGGCUAAUGAAUAUCACAGUCAUCAUUUCUAUGUGUUUUCCUACUUUAAGCCCCUUUGUGAUAAGUCAUAGUUCCACUAUUUCCAGAUUUUGUUUUUUCUAG